AUUUUGUACAACUAAUGUUUAAAGUUUUCAGUAAGGUAUAGCCCAUCGGAAAGUAGGAAUGGCGACGUGUUUCAAAAUUAAAAACGGAUUUAUUUUUGCCUUAUUGUUUUUUUGCUUUAAAGGUUCAGACACACAGUGUAGUUCUAGCCACCAUUUUGGACCAAACUGUGACAUCGAGUGUCAUUGCAUGAAUAAAGAACAGUGUGACAGCAGCACAGGAAACUGUCCCUCGGGUUGUGACUUUGACUGGGUAGGACCUGGAUGUCAAAGUAGCAAUAUAGUACCUGCAGGACAGACGGAUGAACGUGAAAUGGUGACACGCCAAGAAAGUAACAUACCUCAGUUACGAAUUGCUUCGCUAGCUGUCGAUAGGGAUUUAUCCACAUGUAGUCAAACAAACUAUGCAAACAUGUCAAAGGACAUCCCUUGGUGGAAACUCUGGCUUAAAGAUAAUUUUAAGUACAAAAUAAGGAAGAUCUCUAUUGUUACAAACAACGAAUCCUUAGAUUAUUUUAAGAAUUUUGAGGUUAUGGUUGAAAAUCAAACAUUCGCUAACAGAUAUGGAAAUAGCUUCACUGGACAAGAAGUGUGUUACAAACAUGACAUUUCCUCAUCGAGAACAACGAAUAUUGAUGUAACAUGUAACAAACCAAUUUUCGGAAAUCAGCUCAGAAUUCGACUUGCAACUAAGGGUACACAACUUGUCUUGUGCGAUGUCAGAAUAUAUGGAGAGUGUUCUGAUGGAACAUUUGGUGUCAGUUGUACAGAGAAAUGCAGUACGUAUUGCAAAGAUGUCUGUAAUAAAAAUUAUGGAACUUGCUCUUCGUGUUCGCCCGGAUGGACGGGAACUAGUUGCAACCAAGUAUGUUCUGGUGGAAAAUAUGGUGAAAACUGUACCAAUAAUUGUAGCGGAUUCUGCUUAAAUGGCACUGCCUGUAGGAAGACAGAUGGUAUUUGUGUUGGUGGAUGUAAGCCGGGAUACAGAGGAGAAAAAUGCGACAUAGAAUGUCAAGAUGGUUUUUAUGGCGCAAAUUGCACGCGCAACUGUAGCUCGCAUUGCUUGAACGGUGCACUGUGUUUGCAUACAAAUGGUACCUGUGCGAAUGGAUGUGAUCCGGGGUGGACUGGCGACACGUGCAAGAAUGAAUGUCAAGAUGGUUCUUAUGGCACAAAUUGCACGCGCAACUGUAGCACGCAUUGUUUGAAUGGUACACUGUGUUUACAUACAAAUGGUACCUGUCCGAAUGGAUGUGAUCCAGGAUGGAGUGGUGACACGUGCAAGAAUGAGUGUAAGAAUGGAACAUAUGGACGAAACUGUAGCUAUACUUGUAGUGGACAUUGUCUGUACGAUUCAACAUGCAGACCUACAGACGGUUAUUGCUUGUCAGGUUGCAAAGAAGGGUGGACAGGGGACAGUUGUCACGAUAAAUGUCAAGAUGGUUUUUAUGGCGCAAAUUGCACGCGCAACUGUAACACGCAUUGCUUGAAUGGCACACUGUGUUUACAUACAAAUGGUACCUGUGCGAAUGGAUGUGAUCCGGGAUGGAGUGGUGACACGUGCAAGAAUGGAUGCGUUGAUGGCAAAUAUGGUAGAAACUGUGUAUACAGUUGCAGUGGUAAUUGCAGAAAUAACUCUGUUUGCAGUAAAGAGGAUGGUAGCUGCAGCCAAGGUUGUAAGGCAGGUUACACAGGACAGGGAUGCAACGAAAAAUGUCGAGACGCAACAUAUGGUGCAGAUUGUACCUCCAGCUGUAGUGUACAUUGUCUAAAUGGCGCAGUUUGCCUGCAUACAAAUGGUUCCUGUACAAAUGGGUGUGAACCAGGAUGGACUGGAGACACCUGUACAGAUGUAUGUGUUGAUGGAUAUUAUGGACACGAAUGUAUGCAAAAAUGUACUACAAAUUGUGUUGGAGGAUAUUUAAACUGCGACAACGUCUUUGGAUCGUGUAUGUCUGGAUGUAUAGCUGGUUGGAUGGGACGCAAAUGUGAUGAAGCAUGUCCAACAGGACGCUGGGGGAUAAAUUGCGCAAACUCCUGCGGAAAUUGUAUAUCAGGAAAUUGCCAACAUACAGAUGGUGUUUGUGAUGGAGGUUGUGCUGCAGGAGUAAAAAACACUCCUCACUGUGACGAAGAAUGCGGAGAUGGAAGAUGGGGUGAAAACUGCAAACGAACAUGUUUGACAUGCCGUAAUGAAACGUGCAACAGAAUUAGCGGGGCUUGUUAUAGCCAGUGUAAACCUGGUUUCAAACAAACAGAAUACUGUGAUCAAGAAUGCAGCAGUGGAUGGUAUGGAUUAAACUGUUCUGAAGAAUGUAAUCGUAAUUGCAAGGACGUUACAUUCUGCAGGAAGACGGACGGGUCAUGUAUAGAAUGCAAACUUGGAAUGGAGGGGAAACUUUGUGACAAGGUUUCAGCUGUUAAGCAGGCGGAAAAGAUGACGCAUAUUUCUGGAGAAGGUAUUGCAGCGAUUGCUGUAACUGUUAUUGUUCUGGUUUUCUUUGGCGUUGUUGUUGCGGUAUUCAUUACAAGGAAAAGGCUGCUAAUGCACAUACAUGGAAAUCACAAUAAAUUUGAAAAUGAACCCGUCUCCUACGCAAAUGUGUUAGCUGCAGAUCCUCUUUCGACCGUUCUGAAAACGUCGGAAUCGAACCUGAAUGUGGAAAUGGAGAAUGUUUACGACGCCAUAGAAAGGACAAGCGGUAUUGAACAUACCUACGAGUAAUAAUGGUGCAGGAAGCAAUCUAAGAUUUUACACAAAAACGUUUUCUGAAACAUAUUGACAAUGUGUGAACUAAACUAGUUUUGCUAAUGUUUAUCAACGUUGAUCCAUGUGGUAGCAUAUAUUUUGAAUACAUAUGCCAGAGACAAAAAGUUGAAAAAUUAUCAGUCAGCUGACACUAUUGGCUUGUCCUUUCAUAUUUUAAUUUUGUCAUUAUUAAUAUGAUAUCUACUAAUUCUAUGUUCGUUUCGAUGCUAAAAUAUGUAUAAACUGCAUGUGCAUACGCUGUAAAUGUUUAGACGCUGUCGAAUCUACAAACUAAACAUCCACUUGCUAUUGGACCAUUGGUUUCUGUUAAUGAACUCUAAUUUUUCAUUAUUAUAGAACGACUGAUAAAAGCUUUUAACGCACAUAUACCGCGCACGAUUGUCUAGUGGUUAACGCAUCUGUAUUGGAAAAGAAAUAUCUAAGUCCGAGCUCUGUUUUCAUCAGUUCUGUUGUGACCGAGUCGCGAGCCGCCAUGUGAUUAAAUAAUGGUUAACAAAUUAUCUCCCUGUCUGGAUCUGGUAUAUAAAGACGAGAUUUUCGAGGUGCACGGGAGAGAGGAGUCUCAUAAGCCAAAAUGACUUACCCUUUCCAAAAGGGAUGACAUUAUAAUGAACAUACGUUUUACAUUUAGAUUUUUAUUGGGACUGAACAAUGAUACCGUAGUGAUACAUUUGUUCACGUAUACUACAGUUCUACAGUUGGAUAUUAUUUUGAUUUUGCUAAUACUCAAUAAAUGAUACACUACACCACAAAUAAUUAAGUAAAUGAAAUGUACAGGAUUGCGGAUGUACACGAAUUAACAUUAACUUUUUACAGCAAUAUUAAUACGAAAUAGUCCAGCUACAAUAUUUCGAAAUGCUGUAGCAUUUUUUCGUGACGUUGCAGUUGGAGUUCUUUAAUGCAUAAAACGGUAUUUGAUAAUGCAGACUUUACUUUGCUCUUGUGUUUCACACCUCAGGAUAUAAAGAAUUUAACAGUUGUGUGCAUAUGUAAUUUGGAAUCACAUAGAUAAGUAAUAAAAGUGAAUUCUUUAAAGAGUUUCUCUGCUUGUGUACAUUUAAUGCUGUUUUAUACUUCCUUCACCAUUAUAUAUAUUUACAUGUUUAUGGCGUACAUGAUUUGAAGUGCAAUUCUGCAGUAAUAUAUUUGUAGUUUGAGAAUUAAACACUCCGAACCAUGUAAAGUAUGAUACAAUUAAGAGUAUGACAAAAUACAAAAUAAUGCUGCCUUUCUAAAUAUAUCUUAAAUGUAUGUUCGGAAGAGCAAUCAAAAAUCGUUGUAGAACUGUUUGGGUAAGACUAAGUUCCCAUUCUUGUAAGAUGUGUACAUUCAGAUUAAUAUACCAAUGAACGUCUUAAAACAGCCUUUUGUGAAGUAUUUUACACUUUUCUAUUAAGAAACAAUACCUACACAUUUGUAGACUUACAAAUCUGUUGAGAUCAAGUACUCUGUAAUAAAGUUUAUUCUUUCUUCAUACUGACACUGAUAUUUUCUAAGAAUACCAUUUUCUCUCUAGGCUCAUCUCAACAGUCUAGUUUAACUGUAUAUGAAAGAUUUGUUUUAAACAUGCACAGAUAUUAGACAGUAUAUCCGUACAGACAGUUAGGUCUAGUUAGAGUAAUGGCAGACCCGUUCAGAUGCAAUAUAUGGACCAGACGCAAUUAAAAGAAUAUGUGCAUAUUAAGUAGAUAUAUACAAUUAGGGAGAAAGAACAAAUUAAUUUAGUGUUUCCUCUUUACUGUCUAUCAUGCAUGCAUGCAUAUAUGUAAUUAAUAAGGGUUAUCAGUCGACUACUAAGUUGCUUUCUCUUACCGUUUAUUAUUCAGGUAUGUAGAUAUAAUAUACAAUCUAAUUUCUUCCCCUUCUCGCCAUCUAUUAUUCAAUGCGACAAAGAAUCAACUACUCAGUUUCUAGCCCCUUUCAAAUGUGUAUCAUUCAGGUGUGUAGAUAUACGUCAGUUUAAUGUUCUAAGUACACCGUGUAUUAUCUAAAUGCAAUUUCAAAGGUGGAUUAAGGCUUGCUUAAGGUAAAUGAAAAUAUUUUUGGUAUCUCAGUUCUGUAUAUGAAACAAUCUGAACAGGGGUCUCCGUGGCCGAGUGGUUGAGGUCGCUGACUUUGAAUCGCUGGCUCCUCACCGAUGCGGGUUCGUGCCUCAUUCGGUACGUUGAAUUUUGCGUUUGAGGAAGCCACCCAGCUGGCUUAUGGGCAGUCGGUGGCUCUACCCAGGUGACUGCUCGUGAUAAAAUAAUGCACAGAAGAACACCUCAUCCAAGCUGGAAAGCCGCCAUAUGACCUAUGAUUGCGACGUUAAAUCCCACUAAAACGGAACAAUCCUAGAAAUGUUUGCACGCAUCAGAUUUAAAUUAGCGAAUGUGAAAAUCGGUUAAUUCGUGCUUAACUUACGUAUCAGUGAUUUUGAUUUUGAGCAUAAACAUGAGAAUUUGAUAUUGUGAAAUAUAAUUAAUAUAGACUAGUAUUUGUUCGAUUUAUUUAAUUUCUUUAAGUUUGUAAUUAGAAAAAAAAAGUGUAUACAGAGUAUAGGAGGGGAAGAGCCAACUAGUUAAAUUUUUCCCAAUUACCCCAAAGUAGAUUCCAAGUUGCAGGAAAAUAUUAGUCAUAGUCUAUUACUUUUCAAGUAUAUUUAGAGUUCUAUUCAUACAAAUAAAUAAGAAGGCAAAUAACAAACUACUAGUAGUAUGUUUCUUUUUCUCAUGUAUGUAUAGUUACUAUUGGUAAGUCUUGCUGAUCUGUUUCUUACUCUUCGUCGUCUUAUUUACAGAUUUACUUAAGGGAUAAAAUGUUAUCAUUCUUAUUAAAGGAACCAUUUCAUGUUUUAUAUGUAAAUAUUAGAAUAAAUGUUGUAAUAAAAUUUAUGAAAAGAUC